GGGCAGUGAAGUCACAGCUGCACGGAUACCUCCUGUCGGCACAUGCGUACAGCGGGCAGCCCCAGAGCGCAAUGGGGGACAGAGCUGGAGAACCGGAGGGAGCUGCCGGGCAGAGGGAGUGAGCGAACCGGCUCCUCAGACCCGCCAUGGCAGACUUUGAUGGAGAUUCCAGACUGAAAAGGAACCAAUGAAUUAUGGAAAUAUACAAGUUAAAGCCUUAGAUAUCAGAAGCAUUGAAGACAUACAAUGACUCGUUGGAUUAACUCCAGCAUGUUUUUAUGGAAGAGGCAUCACUGCUGCCCACCCUGGCUGAAGUGGCAUACCAGAAGUUUGGUGUCCAAAUGCUUUGCAACUGGAUUUUUGUCUUUGUUUCUUCUACUUUUCAUGUUAUCUAUGCUUAAUAAUUUCAGCUGGUUUCCAAGGAAAAUAGUUAGAGACAACAUUCAGUUGCAUAAUCUGCGCUAUUUUUCAUCCAGAAAAAGUCAUGCCAACAACUCUGCAAAGGAAGUGAUCCUUAAUCAUUGGCAAUUUCAAAAUGGAACAAAACAUUUAUCUGAAAGAGGAACUGGCUUCCAGGAUAUGGUUGCAAGACCCCAGGAAAUCCACCACUAUGGUUACAUCAUUAAUGAACCUACAAAAUGUCAAGAGCACAGUCCUUUUCUAAUAUUGCUCGUAGCUGCUAUCCCAUGGCAGCUAGAUUCUCGUCAAAGUGUCAGGCAAACAUGGGGACAGGAAAAUAUUAUACCGGGAGUCCGGAUAUUAAGGUUAUUUUUGUUGGGCCGGAAUGCCAUACAGAAACGGGAUAAUGAACAGGCCAUUGUGGAUGAAAGUCAGCAAUAUCAUGACAUCAUCCAGCAGGAAUAUUUAGACACUUACAACAAUCUAACCACUAAAACACUUAUGGGCAUGAAAUGGGUUGCCACAUAUUGUCCACAUGCCCAGUAUGUAAUGAAGACAGACAGUGAUAUGUUCGUUAACACUGAAUAUUUGGUAAAAGUGUUACUGAAGCCAGACCUUCCACCAAGAACCAACUAUUUUACAGGGUAUAUAAUGAAAGGUUACGCACCUAACCGUAACAAACACAGUAAGUGGUACAUGCCUCCAGAUUUGUAUCCAGGAGACCUGUAUCCUGUAUUUUGUUCUGGCACUGGAUAUGUCUUCUCGGGAGACUUGGCAGAGAAGAUAUUUAAAGUGUCUUUAACCAUUAGACGCUUGCAAUUAGAGGAUGUGUACGUUGGUAUUUGCCUUGACAAGUUAGGGGUUGCACCAGUGCCUCCACCUAAAGAGUCUGAUUUCAAUCACUGGAGAGUUUCAUAUUCUGACUGUACGUACAACCAGAUAGUUACAUCCCAUGAGUUUAAGCCAAAUGAAUUGAUCAGAUACUGGAAUCAAUUACAACAGAACAAGCAUAAGUGUGCCAACGUUUGAUGUUUAGUGGGUUCAAAAUCAACUUUUCCAAGAAUAUAAUUUUAUAUGUCAAUUAAGGCAUUUUAUAGUGUUUAAAUGAGUUUCCUUACAAAAUGGUGAUUUUUUUUGGUUCCUUAAAAUGAAAGACACUAAAACAUGAAAAUGGCGUUUAUUGCUUUAAAAGUGUAUUUAUUGGGAAUACUCAUGUUUUUAGAGAUUGUAACAUGGAGGAAAUAAAAUCAUCUAUUUUU